GCGUGGCUUCUAGCCGUUGCUUUGCUGGUGACAGCGACGGCUGGCCGAAAUUUAAAAGCAUCGCAAGAGAGUGAACCACGACCAUCAACGGCCAGCCCGGAAUUGCCCGAUUCCGUCAGGCUGCCGCGACAAGUGCAGCCACCUCUACCGUUACUGCUAGAUUCUACCAGCCAGCAACCAGCCACCGCUGAACGACAUCCACGAAAACGGCAAUUAGCCGACCUUGGAGCCAAUUUCCAACCGCUAACGUUGCCCCUAACAGGCCAGGCGCACUCGCCGCUACAUCGAGCCACUUUCGACCCAGACACCAAGACCAGCAUCGUUUCACGAGUCAAUGAUCCGGUAGAGAAACACGCGAUAGAGCCGAGAAUAUCGUCAUCGCCCUCUCAUAUCGGUUUCUUGGCGCCGCAGAUCGCUCCUCAACGAAGGAGUCACGGAUUCGGCGGCCACUCCUUCUAUCACAGUCACGGACAUCAUCACGGACAUCACGCGCAUCACGACCAUCACGCCAAGCACAAACACGAACACGGUCACAAGCAUCACAGCGAACACGAGCACAAACACGGCCACGAGCAUCACGCCGAGCACAAGCACCACGAGGAACACAAGCAUAAAGACGAUCAUCAUCAUCAUCACGGACACGAUCAUCACCACGGUCACAAGCAUCACUCCGACCACAAGCAUCACCACGGACACGAGCAUAAGCACGAACACGGUCACAAACACGACCACAAACACGGCCACGAUCACAAGCACCACGGGGAACACCAUCACCACCAUGGACAUCAUCAUCAGUCGAAACACGAGCAUCACGAGGAACACAAGCACCACGCCGAGCAUCAUCAUCACCACAAGCAUCAUCAUCACAACGAGCAUCACCAUCACCACGAACAUCAUCACGUUAACGAGCAUCACCAUCAUCACACGCAUAAGGAGACCGAGAAUCACCAUCAUCAUCACGGACACGAUCACCACGAGCACCAUAAACACGGUCACAAGCAGGAACACAAGCAUCACCACGGCCACGAACACAAACACGGACACCACGAGGACCAUCACCACGCCCACCACGAGGAUCAUCAUCACAAACACGGACACGAGCACAAACACGACCACCAUCAAGACCAUCAUCACAAACACGGCCACGAACACAAGCACGGCCACAAGGAGGAGCAUCACCACGGACACCACGAGGACCACAAGCACAGCCAUCACGAGGAUCAUCAUCACAAACACGGCCACGAGCACAA